CAUGCCCACAACCAUGGGGAGCGUCGGAACGACACCACUCUACUACUGUCACUGCCCCUCAAGACCAGGCUGACUCGUCGUCUUUAUUCAAUGGCAAUGCUUGUAUAUGCUGUAGGUGAGUUCUGUCAAGUCACUCGUAGUUGAGUUGACAUCAGAAAUAGUAUCGGCUGACUUGGGAUCCCCCAGAGCUUAAGUACUACUAUCUCUAUCAUUCCUUCAUUCAUUCUAUUUCUGUCCCUUCAACUCCUGAUACCGCCCUUUCACUACCCACAACCUACCCACCUAUACAUUCGUAUCUGCAAGAUAAAGAAACCUACAUAACUAACCCUCCCCCAUCCCUCUGGCCAGCUAUCAACUAGACACUAGACAAUUCUAGACCCCUCUUGACAACUCCAGACUACUCCUCAGAACUCCCAACAACCAAAAUGGCAGACCUUCCUUUGUCCACAUUUCCCAAUCUUGGCCUUGCAUAUCCUACAAAGGCAGAACAACUACAAAUUUGGACUCUCAACUCCAAGAACUGGGGAACAAAUCUCUCACUGCCAGACUAUCUUGAACGAGAAGAGCAUCUCUCCAACAUGCCACAGACCCGCGAUGGAGGAAUCACACGUAAGUAUUCGUCUUUGUGCCCCAUUUACCCCUCCAUACAACCCCACCUCCACCUUCCCCCCUUUUACUCGGCAAGUCUGCAGGUCUCAGUCCCAUUGACCAUGUUUCACAGAUUGGAUUCUUACCGAUAAGACCCUCCCUGAAAACUCCCGACCAAUUCUCUCCUCCUGCGAAUCCUUACGGCGCCAUGCCAUUAUUUCAUAUCCAAAUGGUACAACAAAAGAAGUGAUUACCCAUGGAAUUGGUUCAGUUUUCUGUUCUCCAGACUAUAGAGGCAGGGGCUACGCAGGCCGUAUGUUAUCUUUGGUACGCGAAAUAUUAAGAACGCAUCAAAAAGAUAUUGCGGAAUGUCCAUUCAGUAUUCUGUACUCGGACAUUGGAAAGAAAUUCUACUCUGGCCUGGGAUGGAAGGUAUUCGCCAGUUCUCAUAUAUCCAUCCCAGCCCUGCGAAAUGAUACAGGUACCACGAAUGGGACUACAAAUGGAACUGCAAACGGGACAACGGUAACAGCUACACCUCUCACAUCACAAGAGCUACCAGAUCUUAUUGCUCAAGACUGCACCUCCCUCAAAGCACUCGUUCCAAAAAUCGCAAAAUCCACCAACAAGCCCUCUCUGGCCAUCUAUCCAGAUGCACAAACAAUAGAAUGGCACCACCUCCGCGAAUCCUUCAUGGCCUCGAAACUCUUCCCCAACCGCCCACUCCCAACCAUCAACGGCGCAAUCUCCACCGGCGACCCCGGCUCUAGAGUAUGGAUCAUCUUCACCCGCGUAUUCGGGGAUAAAUUCUACAUCCUCCGUCUCGUCAUGGAAGACUCCACGGACUCAGCAUCCAACGCCGAAAAGCUCUCUAGCGUCCUGAACAUCGCCCGUGAAGAAGCCGCGAAGUGGGAUUUGAACAGUGUAGUACUGUGGAAUGUGAGUGACGUAGUAAAGAACCUUCUCGCGCGUGCGCGUGUGGCGUACCAGUCCGAAGAGCGAGAGACGGAUAGUAUCCCCAGCUUGAUGUGGUAUGGAGAUGGGGAAGGCGGACCGGAUGCUGUGGAGUGGGUUGCUAAUGAGAAGUUUGCUUGGUGUUAGCUAGGUGACGGGUAUCUCUGUCUGGCUUUCUGUUCUCUUGAGUUUAGAUGGCGUAGUAUCGCAUAGUCUAGUCUAGCCUGGGCUGGGCUACGCUAAGGUUGGUUUUUAGAGUAGCUACGAGUACCUAGCUACCUAGAUCAGAAUAGAGUAAUACGUCACGAGA